AUGCGCCGCUCUUCCAAAAGGAUAAAAGUAGCAGAUACUGAUACAGUUCUUCCAGACAAUAUCUUCGCAGUUUAGACGAGGAACUCAAGGACUGCCACUGGAAAAUGUUGCGUACAUUCAUAACGGUUUUGCUUGUAGCAGGUUCGGCUUUGGCAUCCCCUUUAGCCAAUCAGUAUAUAGAUGGCGUUUUGAAUUCAGCGCUGCGAAAUGAAAUCAGAGCUCAAAGACUUGAUCCUGCUGUUUUGCAAGAUUUCCACACAGAAUUUGAGGACAAAGUAGCUAUAAUUGGCAAAGUGAAAGGCAGAGCUGAUUACACUAAGGGCAAACUUACUGGCUUGUCUGACGCUCGAAGAUACUCUGAGUGCAACGGGCCCUACUACAGUUUUGGAGCAAAGAGCAUCAAUUGCACAAUUUCCUUCGAUAACCUGAAGAUGGAAUAUGAUGGAAAACUGAAGUACGGGAAAAUGCCCAAGGUCAACAUCAAGGCCAAAGCAAACAUCACGAAUACUGUUAUAUUCAUCGAGGUCUCAAGCGCAGCACAGCAUAUUCCUCCCUCGCUGAAAAAUUUCCUUUUCCAGCAUGUAGGAUACAUGCAGAUGAAAUUUUCUGGCUUAGGACCUCUGAAUAAAUUUACGAAAUUUUUAGAAGAAGGUUUUAAAGCCUAUGCAGAAGCACAGAUUUUUAAUUCCAUGACCCAAAGAUUUCAGUUGGCCUUAAAUAGGGCUGUUAGUCUUGUUCCUAUGCCAAAUUAAUAAAAUAUCUUGAACUGUAAUUCAUGUCAAUAAAAAUAAUAGUGCGUUUAA